AUGCAAGCACACGGUGGGCAGCCGAGGCGACCUUCUCGCCAGGACACUAUUGACCUCCACCGCGACGACCUUGCGCAUGAGGGGCAAGGAUACCAACACUAUGACGACGGACGCUAUGCAAGCGACGAUGAUUUCCACACGCAGGGGGUUUCAGUAAUGGAAGAUGAAGACGAUCAAGAUGAGUUCAUGGACGAGGAUGACCGCAGCUCUGUGUCUGAAAUCCCGGACCCCUCGAUCGACUUUGACCUCGUGUAUUCACUACAUACAUUUGUCGCAACCGUUGAAGGCCAAGCAAAUGUCUCAAAGGGAGAUAGUCUCUUCCUUAUGGAUGAUAGUAAUAGCUAUUGGUGGCUCGUACGCGUGCUCAAGUCCCAGGAAGUUGGCUACAUCCCUGCUGAAAACAUCGAGACCCCAUACGAGCGUCUUGCACGCCUCAACAAACAUCGCAACGUGGAUCUCGCGAGUGCAACUCAACAAGAGCGCACUGAAGAUACCAAGUCUAUUCGAGAGCGCGACCGUCGCCAGCGCUAUGGUUCAUCUCCUGUUCCUCCCCCUAAAUCCGUUGUCUUUGGAGGUGGCUCCAAUGAGGUUUUCAACUACCCGCCUGCCGUAUGGAAUGAAGAUGAGUACGAGGGCGACGAAUGGGAUGAAGAUGAAGAGGGCGACGAGUACGAGGAAGCCUAUGAGGAUCUCGAAGAUGACUCUGGCGUCCAAGGUCAAUCAUCCAACGGCAAGGUUAAUCCAGCCGACUUUGAUCCCGAUGACGGUAUGUCAUGGGAGGAGGGCGCUGCAGACGAGAGCCGAAAUAGGCAAACAGCCCAGCAACAGCACCAGGGAGACGCAUCUGCUCAGGCAAAAAUAUCUCCUGGCGCUCAACAGGCCCAGCUUGGUCUUGGUUUGGCUUCAACGGUACGACAAGGCUCUCGUGAGCGUCUCGUUUCCGGUCAAUCGCAACAAUCGCAACAGUCACAAGACACCGCUCGCGGCUUCGAUCCCGAGAACAUCACCGAAACCAAACGUGUUACUGCCACCCCUGCCAUUGCUCGGGAUUUAACAUCUCGACAAAACGGCAACGAAAGCAAUACAUCCAUUUCUGGGCUCCAACUUGCUGGACAGGGACAAGCCCAAUCGCAGCAACGUCCGUCCCAGGAGGAAGGCAAGCGAUCCCGCGAAGAGCCUAGUGAUAGUGAGAACGGAGAUAGCUCUCGAAAACGCGGAAAGGAUAACCGCUCGUUCAGUGGUGACCGCAAACUGCGCAAAGAACGUAAUUUGGAUGGGCCUGACACAGACGGAGAAGGUAGCGGAAAGGAGUCCAAGGACAAGAAAAAGAAAGGGGGAGUACUGGCUGGCCUAUUCGGACGAGGGAAAAAGGACAAGAAGGAAAAAGACAACGUACGUCGGGCAAUAUCAUCUCAAGACAGUGAGACAAGUCUUGCGGCUCGCGAGUCGGAUGAUUCUCUCAGCGCACCUUCAAGCUACACACUAUCUCCCCCCGAGACCGGCAACCCCGUUUUCCCGCACCAACGCCGUCCGAACCCUAUGGAUCCCAAGCGAAGUCAGCCCUCAAACGGACCAGGCGCUCAGACCGGUACGCUGCAAGCUUCAGCGCUUCGUAUGCAGCGGGCAGACCAGGAGCAGCAAGCCCGCUUCCAUCAAUCCUUCUCUCGUUCGCCUUCAUCCCCUCCUGACCCAGCGAUGGCGUUCGGUACCCAGAGCGCUGCAACCCAACUCCGCAACCUUCACACUACCACUCACAACGGUCGGCCUGGCUCACUUAUCCUGAUCGAAGGAAACCAGCCCUUGCCCGAACUCAGUGUCCUCCGUGUAUUCGCCGGCGAGCGAGUCGAAAGCGAAGCGACCUUCAAAACCGUACUUGUGAAUGCCGAUACGACGAGCACCAAACUCGUACACCAGGCAAUGCAACGAUUCCGACUCGCUAACGCGGAGGAUCCAUCCGAAUACUACCUUACUGUUAAAUCCUCUGGCGGAGCCGAAGCUAUGCUACACCCCGAUGAGCGUCCUCUGCUUGUAUUCGAGGCCGAACAAGCUCGUGCGCCGACGGUCAAGCGUUCGAGUGUUGGGUCAAUUAACAGUAUUGCUAGCAAUCUGAGCGCUAUGCCUGCGAUUGCCAAGCUAGGCAUGAACGACUUUGCGGACGAUUCGGCGGUCAAGUUUUAUUUGAACCGAAAGCCUUCUCCGAAAUCUGGAGAUGGAUCCCCUGCGCCUCAAGGAAUUGAAGAAGACGUCACCUUACGCGCCGAGGAGAUCGAUGACACAGGCGCGGGUGGAGGCGCGGGUGCUAUAGAUGAUGAUACCGACACAUUACGGGGUUCAGUGUCCUACGGUAACGCAAAUGGGCGGCCGCAUUUGACCGUCGCGCCCGCCUCACAAGGCAGCGUGCCACCCGAAAGAUUCACGUCUCCCAGUGCUCGCUUCUCUGUCCAGGUCGUUAUAUACCCAGAAGACCUCCCAGAAGGAAUGGUUUUCGACCCACACACCGAAGCAAUUGUCCCACGUGGGACCCUUCAGCAUCGGUCCCAAUCCGGGAUCGUCGCCUCUCCUGGUAUUUCGCAGACUCAACGCCGAAAGGUUCUGAACUUCCCGAAGAAUACAACCGUGGCUGAGGUGAUUGAAGCUGGUCUGGAAAGGUUCGGUAUUCUGGAGGGAGUGGUCGAAGGUGGAGACGAUGUCGAAGAAAAAAUGACCAAGCGGAGGAGCCACUCCAGAGUUCGGUACGGACUCGCUGUAUUGAACGAAGGUCACGCGGAACGGGACCUUCUGCCCUCAAGCAAGGUUUUGGACGCAUUCGUCAAGCAACCGAUAAUGCGUGUCAUCGACCGCCGGUCGGCCGACGCAAAACGACGCUCAGCCGAUUCUACAAUGCUACUCGCUGGCGUUGAAGACAUUCAACAAGACGAUCCAGUGUUCAUCCUUCGCAGAGUAGCGGGAGCCCGUAACUCCUAUCGCUCAUCGACUUCGAGGUACUCUGCGCCUCUGGACGAGCUCGCACUGCAACAACUGGCAACGCAACGCGAGUCAGUGUCUGACGCGAGCGUUGUUUCGGACAAGGAGCCUCAACAACAGGCGCCUGCACAUCAAAUGACACCCAAGGAAAUCAUUGCUGCCCAACGGGCGGCAUCUCGAGCUAACCAACGUGCUGUUGUUACGACGCAAGCCAACUCGGAGCGGGGUGUGGAUGUUCUUCUCCCCGAUCGCGCGACGCUCCGAAGUACCCGGGCCCGCACGGACGACCGAAUGCGAUAUUCAUAUGUGCUACCUGAUGGAGAAGCGUAUGAUAUCAGCGAGAUCGUGGAGCGCGAAUUGCGGGGUAACCAGUCACCUUCUGGUACACGCGUGGCCUCGAGUGAAGGGGGAGAUUUACUCGAAGGGGUAAUGGAGACGCCGAGAAAUGUUAUGGAAGAAAAACUAGAUCGUGUCUUGAACAAGAUCCGGGAUGACAAGUCGAAUGGUCGUCUGGGCAUCAAUAUUUCUGCUCAGGCUCGCCAGUCCCCGAGUGGUACGUCUCGCUCAAGUCAUCACCGACACGGCUCAGAUUCCUCACCACGCCUUGGAUCAUCGCCGCACCAAGAUUCGGAUGCGUCGCAUUAUUACAACGGACGUUCGCCAGUCACGCCACCUACGACAGUUGAAGCACGCGGACCGGGACGACCCGUACUCCUACGUGAUAACUUUGGUAUAAGCGAAUUGAUGGCGGUUAUCGAACUCAGCGCUGCUUUGAGGAAGCCCGCGCCUCGGCCUGGCUUAUCACCUAUUGAUGAACUACUGUUUGGACCUAAUUUAACCAUUGGCGAGAUCCACCCCUCGCUGAGGGAUAUCUACGAACCUACUUUCAGAGAAAUGCAAGAUGUGGAUAGGCAACUUGACGAACUCCUGCAUGCAACUUUCCGGGCUUCAUGA